UCAUCAAUUGCUAGUAAUUCAUCUGAUAUCUCUCCAACAAUUUCCCUCUUUUUCUUAGGCCGAGACUAUGGACGGUUUAUUCUCUUCCCUGACCAAGGCCGUCAGCGGCAAGGAGGAACACGCCCCGGCGGCAGGCGACAGCAGCAAGGACGCGGCGGCCGGCGGACCAGCGCCGUCGAACGCGGAGCUCCUGGCUAGCGCCAAGGUGGUGGCGGAGGCGGCUCAGUCGGCGAUGUCGAGCAAAUCCGACAGCAUAGACAAGGCGAAGGUGGCUGGCGCGGCGGAGGAUCUGGUGGAGGCCGCCGGCAAGUACGGGAAGCUGGACGAGAAGGGUUACGGGCAGUACGUGGACAAGGCCGAGGAGUAUCUCCGCCAGUACAGCGGUUCCAAGCCUGCCGAUGCAGCUGCGGCGGCGGCGGUGGCGGCGGCUCCUCCGGCUGAUAAGCCGGCGGAGGAGGGUAAGAAGGAGAAGCCUGCGGAAGGCGGAUCUCUUGGUGGGUAUGCCAAGAUGGCUGAAGGCUUCUUCAAGUGAUCAAAUAUAUUAUGUAUAUGCUCGAUCGUUGGGAAGCUGAAGUGAAGUUGGUAUUUUCUGUGUAUCUGUGUUGGUAAUUUAGUUGCACUUAACCCUUUGCGUAGGUGUAGAAACCCAUCUUACUACUGUGAACUUUGUGUUUGUUUGUGUGUGUUAUUGUUUACCAUGGAACUUUUAUGUUAUGUGCUGCUGUGAUUGUGUUUCCCAUCAUAUGUUGCCGUUUCUGGUAAAUAAAAAUUUAUGACUAGA